AUGUAUCAACCACCCACUCCCACUUCUGCCAAAAAGCAUUCUGUUCACACAAAUGCACCAUCCAUCCAAGGGACUUCUUCGGUGAUGCAAGUGGAUUUGCACGAAGGCACUGUUGAUGCAAAGGAAAUGCAAAAUGGAGAAAUUCUACAAGCACAAUCCAUCAUGCGCCACUCCCAGAAAAUGGAAGAUGACCUACGUACAUUAGGGACAAAAAUUAAGCAGCAUGAAAACAACUUAAAUCACUUAAACUCUGAAAAAAGCAAAUUAGACGACUCCAUUCUUCAUUUGCAAGUUACUAUUGGGGAAUCGGAGUUUUUAAGUAAGACCACAACUAGUGAUAUGGACAAUCUCCCUUCUACAAAUGAUGAGGAAGUAGAUAAACAAAUAUUGCAACAUGAAAAAUCUGCUGCUGGUGUUUUGUGCCAGCUGAAGAUUCGUCAUGGAGCUCAGCCUUCUCAUCUUACAACGACAAAGGAUGUUGUAGGUAUUGUUGCUACACUGGGCAAAGUUGAGGAUGACAAUCUUAGCAGGCUUUUCUCAGAGUAUCUGGGAGUGGAGACUAUGCUGGCAAUUGUUUGUAAAACUUAUGAAGGGGUUAAAGCACUUGAAAUGUAUGAAAAGAACGGCUGCAUAAAUAAAAGUUGUGGUCUUCAUGGGCUAGGUGCCUCAAUCGGAAGGGUUGUGGAUGGUCGAUUUCUAGUGAUAUGUCUUGAAUCUCUGAGGCCUUAUGCUGGUAAUCACGUGAUGGAUGAUGCACAACGGAAGUUGGAUAUUUUAAACCCAAGAUUGCCCAAUGGGGAGUGUCCAGCUGGAUUUCUUGGCUUUGCAGUGAAUAUGAUUAAUGUAGACAGCUCAAACCUAUUUUGUGUAACUCCGAAUGGUUAUGGCCUCAGAGAAACUCUGUUUUAUAAUCUCUUUUCUCGUCUACAAGUAUAUAAGACAAGGGCUGAAAUGAUACAAGCACUUCCAUGCAUAACUGAUGGAGCUCUUUCUUUAGAUGGAGGAAUGGUUAGGAGUUGUGGUGUAUUUACCUUGGGCAAUAGGGAAGAUAUUGAUUUGAGAUUCCCCCGGCCGGAAAGAUCAAUGGAGCUUGAUAACCAUAACAUUGAAAUUGCGAGACAGUUGAAGGAAGUCAGGUGGAAGAAAGAAAAGAUUCUGGAGGAAUUAAAAAGGGAGCAGACGUUGCUGGACAUGACGAGGUCCAAUUUCAACAAAAAGAAGGGUGAAUAUCUUAAGUUUUUGGCGCAAAGUUCAUCAAAUGCAACUCAGGUAAUCCAUCUGUAA